CAAACGCUCACAUAUGGCCCGCCACAGCCCGCUGCUGCUUCUCCGCCGACGGCGCGGCAUCCCCACCCCGUCGUCCCUCCUCGUCCUCCGCCACCGGCCCUUCGCCUCCUCUCCCUCCCCACCCGCACCCUCAACCCCCUCGUCCGCCUCCUCUAAGCCCCCCGCCCUUUCCGCCCGCCUCUCCUUCGUCUUCGAUCAGCUCGAUGCCCUCGACCGCUCCCGCUCCUCCGAGCUCUCGGCCCGCGAUGCCGCCCUCCGCCGCAUCCAGUCCUGGCGCCGCCCCGUGCCGCCGCCUGAGGCACCGCCGCUGGAUGCCGAUCCAGGCCCGGAGCCGGAGCAGGAUGGUCAGAAGGAAGCUGCUCUGGCGUCGGCAUCUGCCGAUGAGGUGGGGAUGAGCAUGAAGGAGGUAUUGCGGAGGGAGGUGGAGCUGGUGCACCCCUGGCGCGAAUGGAUCGAACUGAUGGAGCGGCUUGCUCAGCAGAGGUACUUCGACCUUGGGCGGGCCUGUGGUGCCGAUGAGAGCUCCAUGGCCGCCGCUGUGCCCUUGGACCUCUCAGAGGUCAGUGAGGAGGUGGGGUUGGACUUCUCCAGAGACUGGACUACUGUCAAGAACGCCUGCAUGAACUUCGGCCGAGACCGGUUUGACAUCCUCAAGUCAUUGCCUAGGAAGGAUCUUCAGAUAUUGGUUGGCCAUGGGUGCCCUAGCAUGGAUGCAAAAGUGGUGUUUUCUGCAAAACUGAUAAGAAAACAUGUCCAUCUUGAUGAGGGCGAUGUAUGUAGUUCUUGUAAUUUACGAAAUGAAUGCACGAGGGGCUAUAUCCUUACACGUAAAGAAGAUGAAGUUCGGACUCUUGAUGUUAUGCGCAUUUUAUUGAUCUAUGGUUUUGAUCACGUAAAGGAAACUGUAGAGAACAAACCUCUGCUCAAAUUAAAAUCUUUGAAGAAUGUUGUUCGGAAAUUAAUACAUGAGAUUGUCAAGUUGAGUGCUGUUCCUAUCGAUCCUAAUCUCCCACCACCUGUAAUAAAGAAGCCUCCUAUUAAAGUGAAGCAACCACCUCCCCCACCAAAGAAGCGAGUGGGACGUGAUGAUGUUGAGAUGAAGAAAGGAGAUUGGCUCUGCCCUAAGUGUGAUUUUAUGAAUUUUGCAAAAAACACUGUUUGCUUGCAGUGUGAUGCUAAGCGUCCCAAAAGGCAACUCCUCCCUGGAGAGUGGGAAUGCCCUCGGUGCAAUUUCUUGAACUAUAGGCGGAAUAUGUCAUGUUUCCAUUGUGAACAUGACCGUCCUUCAGAUGAGUAUGCCAACAGACAAAUGGAAGCAAAGCAAUCUGCACUGCGGAAUAGAUUAGAAAGACCUCCACGCAAAUCUGAUAUUUCUAGUGCAUGGAACUUUGAUUUUGAAGAUAACGAGUCAGAUGGUGCAGAUGUUGCGGCGUUUGAAUAUGCUGAUUCAUCUAAGGUGAGGAGGGAGAGCUCAUCAGCAGGCAGCAUGUCGUAUAGAGGUGUUUCCAAGGGCUCUGAUGAUGAGGAAUAUAGAAUGGCUGAAACAAUGACUACAGGACGGGGGAAUAAGUUCUCAGAAAGAGAUAGCUUGCCAUCUUCAAGAGAUGGUUUUAAUGAUUUUGAUGAUGAAGAUGAUGACAUUGACAGUUAUGAACUUGACUUGUCAAAAGGUAGUCACACAGGUGGAGUGUCAAGGAUGAGUUAUUCGGAUCUUGAGAGUGCUUCUGAUUCAGAAGGUUUUAGUGAAAUUGAUAAUAGUAGAGAGUCCAGAUAUGGUAAUAGUAAAGAGUCCAGAUAUGAUAAUGGUAGAGAGUCCAGAAAUGAUAAUAAUAGAGAGUCCAAAUACGCAGCCAAGGUUGAGGAUGAAUUUGAGGAUCAUCAUUCCCUGAGAUCGACUCAUCUUGCUGAUUCCUGGCAAAAAACCAGAGGUCGGAGUGGUUCGAAUGACUACAGAAGGGCAUCUUUUGGAUCAGAGAGUGAUGAUGAGAUCAAUUCUUAUCCGGACGAGGACAUUGACAAAGGUCCUAGAAAUAAUGGAAGCCGUAGUCAGGGAAGUACCAACAGAGCUUCUGUUAGGCACAAUGCACUUGCCUACAGUGAUGAUGAACCAUUUUCUGAUGAUGUGGAUUCUGGUAUGGCUGAUCGGUUCGGGCCUAGGCAGACUAAGUCUUCCACGAACAUCAAGGAUAACUUCCGUGACACAAGGCGUAACUUGAAUGGAAGACGUUCUAGUGGGGACCGUUAUGGUAGAACAGAACGGAAUGAGCGGGACCGUUAUGGUAGAACAGAACAACGGAAUGAGCGGGACCGCUAUGGUAGAACAGAACGGAAUGAGCGGUUCAACAAUUUUGACAUGCACCGUGGCGGUUCAGUCUUGGAUAAGGGCCGUGGGGCUAGGGGUAACCAGUUAGAUAGUGGUUCAAGAGGUUUACAAAGAAACGCAAGAAGAAAUUGGGAUAGAAGUGGUGGCUUUGACGGCAGGCACAAGGGUGUUUAAAUAAUAAUAGCAAGAGUGGUAUCUUAAGUACCAAAUGGCAACCAGUGAUAUCCUUCAUGUGACCUUAUCCAAUGCCGAGGGUAUUUCAAUCCAGCUGAGCAUGGCUCUUAUGAUUCCACCAUGUGUCCAUGACCACUCUUCCAUAAUGCUACUUCACCCUGCGACAGAGGCUAUGGCGAUUCCUCUCCAUCUGCACUUCCAUUUCAAGCAUUGCACCUCUCUGUCUGCUUGUUUGUUACAUGUCAUUGCAUCAGUCAGAGCGGUCGAACCUGAAGAGCUCUGGAACUGGGUUCGUUAUUUGGUUCACUCAUGCCGCACAGGUACAAUUUUAGACUACUAGUUAGUCUCCAUAUUGUUUUGCAGAGAUGCAUCAACAGGAUUGUACCUCGAAUUAUGAGAGCAAUAAAACUAUACACUUCAAACUUAAUGUGAUACCAAAUGUAACGAUGUUGAAGCGUUUUGGUCGAGUU